UUCACUGUAGAGUGUAGUACACUGCACUAGUUUUAGCAAACGGGCCGUGCUGAGCGCUGGUUGCUUCUCGUUGGGGUUUUUCGCCUUGCUGGGACGUGCGGGCGAGGAGCGGUUCCCGUUCAUUGUCGGUCGUGCUCUGCCAAAGGACAUACACAGUACAGCUAUCUGCUGAUGUUGGAGUGGUACCUACCUGGCCCGCGAACCGCCUUCACCAAGCGUAGCACGCUCAUUCAUUUCGUGUACGGUAGCCUCACGAUAUUAAUUUUGAGGAUAUAACGGCAGCGGGAGAGUAUCUUGCUGCUGGAGAACGUGUGGAAGGCAGCAGACGGAUGCUGCCCUCCUUUGUGCAUUCGCUGCUAUACUUGAUUGUGUGGCUGUGCGCACGGAAGACAAUAGUCUUUGCAGAAGAACGCGUUUUGCGCGGGCCUGUGGUCAAGUUAGUGAGAGUACUUCUAGUGUGGUGGAUGUUUGGUGAGACCCAGACCACGUGCAUCCUCCUGUACUGCUACGACCUACUGGAAAAGAUCUACGGACUUUGUGUUCGUUUGCUCCCUGCAAGUGCAGAGACAGCAGUGACCUGUAGUCCGCGCUACUACUACUACCACUAAGGGCAUCUUCCAGGCACUGAGAAGGUGAUCUGUGGCACUGCUCACGGCACUGCUGAAGGUCUGUGCAAUCGUUUCUAGAAAUACUUUUCGGAAGCACUCUUCACCAUGUCCGGUAGACAAACCUCAACAGGCUGGUGUGGCAACAUGGCCGCUGUUGCCAAUUCGGACCAGGUGUCCGACCUUGCUGCCAGAAUGCGAGAGCAGGAGGUAGCGCGCCGCCGCAGACCCGAAGACCACGGCACAUGGGAGGUACAGCAACCGCGGCCCUUUAAUGUGAUUCAGCACCAGCAGCAGCUGCAUCUGUCUCAGCAGCAUCAUCAGCCUCAGCGGCACCAUCUGCCUCGACAGCAGCAGCAGCAUCUGCUGCAGCAACAACUGCCUCUGGCUCUGCAACAAAUGCCUCAGCAGCAGCAGCAGCAACUACAACCCGGCAGCGCAGCUGAUGUUGUCACCUGUGCGGACUGUGCUAGAUACCAAUCACAUCUGCUGACUACGGGGGACGCGCCCACCAUAUGUCCUACGUGCCAUCGCAUCUUGAGGGCGUCAAGCAGCUCGCUCGCCCACGGUGGCUACAGGGGUACGAGCAGAAGAACCAGAGAAGACCAGGAGGUUGCCAGUGCUUCCGCGUGUGCACCACAACACCAGCAACCUCACCACCGCUCUCUGGAGCCGCGACGGCAGCCGUCGCAGCAAUGGCAGUCACCGCAGCAGCAGCAUAGGCAUUUUCCGCCGUCGGCACAGCAGUUGCAACAGCUGCAGCAGGAGACGCCGAUGCAUCUCCACCGCGGUUCGUUCCCCGCCGCAGACACGCCAAUGGACGUGGUGUCGUCGCAUUCAGACAAUGCUUCUCAGAGUCCCGGUGCGGGACCGUCUUCCCCCGCCGCCAUGCAGCCGCAGCUGGAUCGCGGCUACAAUCUAGAAGCGCUGCGCGAGGGCUCGCCGGUGUCGUUCCAUAGCAACAGCGCGUACAGUUGUGAUGACAGCGAAGCAUCAACGGUAACAGUCAAGCCGAAGAUGUACCUGGCACGAAGCGGGCGCGGGACCGACGACACGAUGAGCUGCGUCUCUAACAUUUCCGGCUACUCUAUGACGAGCAGCAACUCCUACAGGUUACCGCCAACGCCGGCGUCGGGCAUUCACCCCCCGCGGAUUGGCGGGCGGCCAUCGUCGCAAGUACCUCCGCUGGACACUUCGGAUGCAGCAUCACACUUGACCGGUGGCGGUGACAAGCGUGCCACUGCGGCCUACUGCGACACGACUUCGUACGACGGCGGCGACGCGCAGGCAGGCUACUCGGAAGAAGUGAAGCAGGCGCGACAGGACUGGGAGGAGAGGCAAUCUCUCCGCGACGAUCGCUUGCCCAAAGGGCCCCGCUUGCCCAAGCCGACACCCUCACCGCAGCAGUUAGUGGAAAGGAUCGAGUACGGCCUGCUCAAAGCCAUACGGACAGGCAAGGCCACACCUGGGGUCGAUUUCAGUUUCGAAGAGUACGCACAUCACAGCGUUUUCACCGACCCCAUCUUCGGCCAGCCCUUAGAUUUCAAGUCAUUUCCUCCCUUCACACAAGCACCGUCUGUGCUUGUCCAACAGGCUGCGCCACUUCUACCGCAUCACGUACUGCAAGAUGCUGCUGCUGCUGAUGCUCUCUAUCACGCGGACUCGAGCGAUAUCGCCUCCAUCCGCGACGAGUCACUUUCCGAAAGUCCCAUUGCCCUCGACUCUGACAGGAUGAGUGGUCUCGGUGAGUCGCCUCACAUAAUCGCCGAUUGGAAUAACGCGGCGGAUGGUGACGAUGAAAGGUCCAUGAGCGGAGUUGGUGUGCCACUGAUGCAAUGUCCGCUGCCUGCUGCUGACAAUUCCACCAGCAAUCUCCCUCGGCUAGAUGGUCUUAAUCUCCCUCCUAGGGUAGAUGAUUCCCAAGCCGCCGCGACAGGCGUGACAUCUCUCCGGGAACGCAGCAGCAGCAGCAGCUGCGCCGUCGACAUGAAACCGUCCGUGGUCGAAGCAGCAGCAGCAGCAGCAAUGGGUGGCAACAUUGCCUCCGCCAGCGCAAUCUCGAGAUCGUCCACGAACCUCAGCAGCGUCAGCCAGGACUCUGGUUUCAUGAGCUCUGAGGCGUGCCUCAUGGAGCUGUGCAUGUCAACGGUGGCCCACGAGAAGGAUGCACGCCGUGACAUGGAGUAUAUCCUGGGCAAGGCCCGCAAGGAUGUGCCCGACUUCGAGGGCUUGAGCCUGGACGACAAGCUCAAGCAAGUUCGCAUGGACUAUAAGAAAUACAAAGCGGACAUGCAGCGCCUCAAGCUAUUCUCCAGCAAGAUUAAAGGCAAGACGGUUGGCCCGCCUGCAAAGGACACGCUCAUUGACUUCACACUGCAGCCCCGUAAUCUCUCGUUCAACGAACACUUCAUGGAGCCGAGAGCAUCGACCGAAGUCGGUGCGCAGACCACGGUCCACGGCAGCGCGCCACCGUUCCGCCAAGGUACUUCCGCAGAGGCCGUUCCCACCAUCAGCCAGCCGCUAUCACCGGCGGCGACGGGCGGCCGAACGCACGCCGUUGCGAGUAGAACAAGCAGCGGUGGAGGCAGCGCCGGCGGCAAGAGCCAGAGCCGUACCAACACCGGCAGUCGCAGGGCCACGCGUGAACGCACAGAAGCACGUCGCGCCGACACCGUGUCGGUGAGCAGCUGCGAGGGGCCCAUCAUGCCGGUCCUGAUGGUUGGCCACUUCAGGCGCGGCGAGAAGAAGCCGAUACGCGUCACCAAGGCACGCCUGCCUAAGCACCAGAUGACGCUGGGAGAGAUCGCUGCAAUGCUGUGCUGCGAAGCUGGUUGCACGUACACGUUCAAGAUGCCUACCAGUGAGUUCCAAGAAUUGACCGAUUUCAGUAUCGUUCUGCCCGUUGUCAAAGGGGCGAUCUCUGGACGAAUUGUGCAUCCAGCCAACUGACGGACCAGGCUUAUGUUUCCGUACGCGUCCCCUGGCGUUAGCCAACUGAGUUUUAAUUUGGCGCAGUGACAUGGGAGGCAUCGUGUGUGUGUGUGUGUGUGUGUGUGUGUGUGUGUGUGUGAGAGAGAGAGAGAGAGAGUGAGUGAGUGAGUGUGUGUUUGUUUGAUUGUGUGCAUCAUCUCCUGAUACAUUCUUCGGGCGGGAUGUAUUUCCCGGUGGUAGCUAACCGACCACUAUGUAGCCAUCAUAUCAACGACAUGGAUCUAUGACACUGCACCAGUUUCCUGUGGCAGGUCUUUCCGAACCUAACAAACUCGUGCGGGAAAAACCACGACUAAUGUUGCUUGUAUUCAUGCCGUGCCGUACACCGGUCAUGGUCUUCAUGGAGAAAUGUCGCCGCUUCAUAGAGACAAAUUCCACUAGGCAGUACCCGGGCACAUACUGAACUUCUGUAUCUCCCAUCAGCUGGUGCUUAAUUUUAACCGUCAAUUUGUCUCAGUCUUGAUCAUGUGUCAUCAUCGUGUCUUAUCAUUACGAAUGACGUAACCGGACUUAUCAAACAUUUCAUCGCUUCUGAACUACUGCUGGGGAUUUCCCCAAUCCCACCCGCCCUUCCCAGACCUAACUUGAUUCUCGUCUGUCAUCUUAAGUCUACUUCGUUUAUUCUUUCUUUUUUUUGGUUUCCAAGCGAUGCUGGCCAUCAGAAUAUAACUUGCCCAAAGACCGCUCUGACUUUAUCGUCUUUUCUUUCUUAGCCCCAGUACAGCCAGCAUUCAGCUGGCAGCUAGCUGUAGCCUGUCAACUAUCACCGUCUCGUCUUCUCAGUUAUCAAUCGAUGCUGGCCGUCCGUAUUGAUGUAGCUCGACAGCAAAGAGCAGCACUUUGGCCUUCUCUCUCUCUCUCUCUCUCUCUCUCUCUCUCUCUCUCUCUCUCUCUCUCUCUCUCUCUUUCUCUCUCUCUCUCUCUCUCUCUCUCUCUCUCUCUCUCUCUCUCUCUCUCUCGCUCUCUCAGUCUUCUCGUUCGCCUAGUUUAUUUUGCUUGCCUACAUUCGUGCGCAGGAUGUUUAGUGCAAAGUGCCGUAGAUACCAGACUAGAUAGGAUCGCUCAUCAGGACAGCGAGCAGGAUUCGAGGCUGUGCUAAUUUUGCAGCGGUGCCCGUUUCAGCACCUCCCGACUCCAUGGUCGUUUUAUAUUUUACUUUGUUUUACUUUGUCAGUUCGAAAAAAAUAGUAUUAAUUUUUUUUAAUGUUUCACCGAAGCCGAUAGGUGUGGUGUGAUUGACAUGGCUGCAUGCUGUUGCUGCUGCUACUGCUGACUGGCUCGUUUUUUUAUUGUGGCGUAUUAAAUGCUUUUCAGAAAUAUACUGAUUGCUCGGAGUAGUGCACAUACCGUAGUAGUUAGUACUAGUAUUCAUGGUAUUAAAUGGUUGACGAAACUUUCUUAUCUUCAUCAGUUUUUUGAAGCUGGCUCUCGAAUCUAUUUUGAUCCCCAUUUUUUUUAAACAUGAUUAUUCAGUCUCCAUCAUAAUCCUGUGUGAUGUGUACCGUUAUAAGAAAACUAUUAUGAUCAGAUACAACACAUGUCGUUCAA